CGCCAGAUAUUUGGUGUGUCAGUGUUGAAAUGGGUGGGGACUACAUUACAUUGGAGCAGCGUCAUCAGCUCGGCGAUACCACACUCUACCCGGGAAGCUGUGCCAGCGGCGGAGGAGGAUUAUCACGUGCCGGUCACCGCCGCCUGUCGUCCUGCCAGCUGCUGCUGCUGAUCCUGGUGGCCGGCAGCUCUGUGAUCGCACUCUAUGCCUACUGGGACGUUAUGAUGCUGACGGUCGGGCCUCCCGAUUUCCAGCUGAGCAAUGAGACACUCGCCCAGCAGCUGCAGCGCGAGGUACGAGUCCUCUGCUGGGUGCUGACCACGCCCAAGUACCACAAAUCGAGGGCGGUGCACGUGAUGCGGACGUGGGGCAAGCGCUGCAACAAGAUCUACUUCAUGACAUCGGAGCCGGACGACGAGCUGCCCACCAUUGUGCUCACCAAGCCCGACAAGUACGAGGUGCUCUGGGGUAAGACAAAGGAGGCCUUCACCUACCUCUACGAGCACAUGCGGGACGAGGCCGAUUGGUUCAUGAAGGCCGACGAUGACACCUACGUGUUCGUGGAGAACCUGCGCUACAUGCUUUAUCCGUAUUCCCCCGAUCAGGCUAUAUAUUUUGGCUACAACUUCAAGAUGAUCGGAGAGCACCCAAAGAACGAGUCCUACAUGUCCGGUGGAAGUGGCUAUGUUCUGAGCCGGGAGGCCCUGCGCAUAUUCGCAGAGGGAUUGAACGACACGACAAAGUGCCGGCAGGAGGAUAAUCAUGCCGAGGACGUGGAGAUGGGACGCUGCCUCUUCAACUUGGAUGUGAAAGCGGGCGACUCACGAGACUCGAAGUUGCGACACCGAUUCUAUCCACUGUUGCCCUACAACAUACUCCUUUCGAGCUAUGUCGGGCUAGACUUUUGGCUGUACAAGUAUGCCUACUACUCGAUGCGAUCGUGCAUGGACUGCCUCUCCGAAUAUCCAGUGGCCUUUCACUAUGUGAAUCCCGAACAGCUUUAUGCCUUUGACUUCUUCAACUACGACUUCCAGCUGGUGGGCAAGCAGAAGCCCGAAGAACGACUGCCAGAGAAAAUCAGGCCGGAAGAACUUGUCAUACCCGACUACGACAAUAGUAAUACCUAAUACAGAACAAUUCUUAUUCCUAUACAACGAAAAGACUCUAUUUAAUAUGCUCGCCGAGUACAGAGUAUACUCUUAUGUAAUAUACACAUACUAUCUAGGAACAUUUUUUUUUUUUUAAUAUCUAAAAAUAUAUUUCAAGAUAUCUACAAUUUGAAUGAAAUUUCACGUAAUGAAUGUAGAUAGGUUACAUCCAAUCAAUCGAAAAUAAA